AUGAAUCGAGUGGCUCUAGCAGCGUCUUGGAGAGUCAACAUUUGCCAUCAGACAUGUCGUCUAUUUUCGACGACUCUCCAAGCCAGUCAAGGCCAGUCGGCGGCAACGAGCCGAUCUGGUGCAGCCAACGGAAAGCUCAAGGGUGCCGAGAAAUUGGCCGCUCGUUCGAGAUCCAGCUUUGUCAGCCAAGGACACGAUCCACAAACGCGGCUUCGUCUCGACGUUCGCAAAAAGUACACUGGACGUCAUGGCGUCUUCCGUUCAACCGUGCUGCACCGCCUCCAAACCGUUCUCACACAGCUGGCUUCCUCUCAGUUCUCCACCGCCGGGAUCGGCGAGGACGAACUCAACCGACAGGCAGCCCUUUUCAUGAACGCUCUCGAUCAUGCGUUCUCUCUCGCUGAGCAGAAUGUCACUCGUCGGGACAAGAACCCCCUAUUUUGGAGCUUGAGGGAUGCCUUCAUCAUGAAGGACAUCAAAGGCCUCACCAAGGAGAUACAGUACUCAUUCCAGUCCUUCGUCGUCCGAGAGCGAUUCUCCAAAGACCUUGAAGAGAGCCAAAAGCGGUUACUCGACUUCCGCUACCCCCACGAGUGGUUUCCGGCCACCCGGACGAUGCAGCGGACGGUCCAUGUCCACGUCGGGCCGACGAAUUCGGGGAAAACCUACAACGCGCUCCGGGCGCUUGAGAACUCGAAAUGCGGCGUCUACGCGGGGCCUCUCCGUCUGCUCGCCACCGAAGUCUAUCAGAGGCUGCAAGCCAAAGGACUCCCCUGCGCCCUCCUCACGGGCGAGGAAGUUCGCAUCCCCGAGGACACGGACCAGUACUUCUCCAGCUGCACGGUGGAAAUGGUGCCCCUCAACACGCGCUUCGACGUGGCCGUCAUCGACGAGAUCCAGAUGAUCACCGACGAUGACCGUGGCAAUGCGUGGACCACGGCGCUCCUCGGCGUCCAGGCCAAGGAGGUUCACGUUUGUGGUGAGGAUCGGACCGUGCCUCUCAUCCAGGCCCUCUGCGCCGGCAUCGGCGACGAGUGCAUCGUGCAUCGGUACGAACGACUCAGCCCGCUCAAGAUGAUGGACACAUCCAUCGAGGGCGACUACAGCAAGCUUCAGAAAGGCGACGCCGUUGUCGCCUUCAGCCGGCUAUCGUUGCACGUCUUGAAACGAAACAUCGAGGCCUACACGGGCAGACGCUGCGCCAUCAUAUACGGCUCCCUGCCCCCCGAAGUGCGCGUCCAGCAGGCGGCGCUGUUUAAUGACCCCGACAACGACUACGACUUCGUCGUCGCCAGCGACGCCAUCGGCAUGGGGCUCAACCUCGAGAUUCGGCGCGUCAUCCUGGAGUCGGUUACGAAGUUUGACGGAAGCCAGAACCGACUGCUCAACAGUCCGGAAAUUAAACAGAUUGGCGGCAGGGCAGGCCGCUAUCGGACGGCGCAAUCUGCCGUCAAGGCCAACGAGGUCGCCGCGCCGGGACGAACGGUGGUGGAGAAGGAGGAGGAGGAGGAGGAAAAGGUCGGGUACGUGACGACGAUGGAUCGUGCCGACCUGCGAAAUGUGCAGCGGGCAUUUCAGAAAAAGGUGGACGACAUCAAGACGGCGUCGAUCCAGGCUCCGGCCGGCAUCGUCGAGCGGUUCGCGUCGUACUUCCCGCCGGACACGCCUCUGUCGUUCAUCUUGAUGCGCAUCAAGGCCAUGGCGACGGUGGGCCCUCGGUUUCGACUCAACAUCGGAAACGACAUCCUCGAGAUCGCGGACAUCAUCCAGGAUCUACCGCUCACCAUCUUUGACAGGUUGACGUUCUGCUACCUGCCCGUUGCCCUCCGAGCAGAAGGGGCGGUCGACGUGCUGCGGGCGCUCGCUCGCGUGGUGGCCGAGAACUCGACGGGAGACCUGCUAUCGAUCAAGGAGAUGCCGCUCGAGAUCCUCGACCUCGAGCUGGGGGGUGCCGAUAGCGGGACCUCUCAGGAGUACCUCUACAAGCUCGAGUCGCUGCACAUCGCCAUCAACCAGUACAUGUGGCUGUCGUACCGGUACGCGGGUAUGUUUCGCAGUCAGGCGCUGGCGCUGCAUGUGCGCUCGCUGGUGGAGGAGAAGCUGAUCCAGACGCUCGACCGGCUGGAUUUUACCGAGGAGCAGCUCGAGAGCCAGCGCAAGACGAAACGACAGCAGGCUCGAGGCCGCAAGCUCAACAGGCUGCAGAUCGGCCAGGGCAAGGGCGAGGCGGACGAAGCGGAGUAG